AUGUCAGCAAUUCGUGAAGAUUUAUCAACAAUAGUUGAAACUGGAACUCAAUCAGGUCUUGAUAUAAUUGAAGAAAUUGAAUGUAAUGAUCAUGAUGAUGAUGAGUCUUUAGAAGAAAUUGCACAAAUAGCAGUAAAUAAUAACGUCGAUAAAAAUAGAGUUCAUAUGUUUUGUAAUAAUGUUCAAAAUUGUUUUUCUGAAAUUGAUAAUUCAAUGUUUGAAUUACUUGAAUUAAAAGAUAAACUUCUUCUUCAAUAUAUACCAUUAAAUGUAUCAUUAAAAAUAACACUUGUUCUAUCUCGACUUUAUCGAGCUUAUUCUCAAGCACAAGUACCUAUUUAUGAAUUAAUACGUCUUGUUCAAUUGUAUAGUCAACCAUUUGAUAUGAAAUGUAUUCAAUUCAAACGUUUAUAUGAUAGUAAUGAAAUGAAAAAACGUUUGCUUAAUAUGGCUUUUCAAAGAUUAACAUCAAUAGAAAAUAAUACAAAAAAAUAUGAAGAACAAAAAUGUAUUAACAAUUGGGAAAAAAUGUAUAUUCGUCUUGCAUUACCACGAUCAAAUGUACGAAAAUGGAAAUUUCGUUUGAAAACAUUUCAAGAAAAAGCCGCACUUGGUUAUGAACAUGUCAUUAAAUGGAUUCAUCCAAGAAUACCACGAUCAUCAUCAUCAUCAUCAUCAUCAUCUGACAUUUCAUCAAAUAGCCAAUUAAAUGAUGAGCAAGAAACUGAUCGAUUUCAAACAAUACACGAAAUUUCUCAUAUGCAACUAAUGGACAAACAAAAACUAAGAACAGAUCACGGUUCGAAUGAUGAUGAAAUCGGCAGUAAUAAUAAUGAAGUCAAUCUUAUCGAUAAUAUCAGAAAGCAAGAGCUAAAUCUUACUGAGCAAAAACCUACAGUGAUUACAAACGAUAUGGAGAUCCAAGUACAACCUGAUAUAUGUCAUCAACAAACAUCAACUGAAGAUAUUCUAUCAACUAAGUCACUUAUUAUGCGUAUUUACCGACCUAUAGGAAUUUUAAAGACAAAAUUUCAAUGUAUUGUUUAUGCUCAAGGACAAAUAUAUAAAACCAAUGUCUUUAAAUUUAAUAAACCAAAUGUAUCAAUAGAUGAAAAUAAAAAAACAAAAGGACAAUUCAGUAUAAGUCGAACAACAAAAUCAAUUGAUUCAAAAACUAAAAAACGUAGUGAAACUCCAACAAUUUCGGAUGAUAAUGAUAUUAAUACAUUUGAUAAAGAACAACAUGAUGAAAUUCUUAUUCCAAUGUUAAAUGUUCUUAAACGACGUUCAUUAUUUCAUAGUAAUAUUGAUCCAGAUGCUAUAAAAAUAGAUAUUUUCGGUGAUGAAAAAUUUUGCGGAUCAUUAAUUUUUUCAUCUGAAGAUUUACAUAUGUUUGAUUUACCAAUUUUACAUAAUUCAAUUUUAUCAUCUUUAAUAGCUGUUGAUGAUAAUAUAUCUAUAACUUCUCUAGAAAGUUAUCCAUAUGAAUUUGAUCAAACAUCAAAUAAACUUUAUCAAUUAUGGAAUUCUCGUGCACCACAAUUAUUUUCUAUUUAUAAUACUAAACAUGAAUCGAUUGGUAAAUUACCAUUAAUUAUGUUUUGGUAUACUAAAAUAGAACAAACUCAUGCAACAAAAUGCACAAUGACGAUUUCAAUUGAAAGUGAUGUGCCAACACCGAAAAUUCUUCCUGUUCAGGAAAGUGAAAUCAAUGAAAGAGUUAUUUCACCGAUAAAUGAUGAAAACAAUAAAUCCAAUGGUUUCGAAAUAGGAAAUGAUCGUAUUGAAACUCUAAAAACAGCUUAUGAAAAUGAAAUAGCUAAACUUCAUGAAGGCUAUCAAGCGGAAAUUUAUCGAUUAACAAAUCUUCUUAAUGAAUUACUAUCUCAACAAUCUAAUCAAAUGAUUGAAAUACCACAAUCCGAUGAAAAUCAACCUGAAAUGAUUCAAGAAAGUCCAUUAAACAUAAAUAUACGACAACAAUUAGGACAAAAUACAAAAAGUGAAGUUGUUAUGGAAAAUCAACCAUCACCAGUUUACGGAAGAGAUCUUCCAAAAAAUUUUCUUGAUCGUUAUCAAAUGUACCGACAGCGAAGUAUAAUACAUCGUCAACAAUUAAUUGCGAAAGUUGAACAAGAGACUACAUUAGCAAAUGAACGUCAAAUGGAAACUCAACAUCGUUUACAUAGAUCAAAAGAAAAUAAUGAAGAUGAUGAGGAUUUAUGCUUACCUGCUGUUUUUAUGCCUUUCCGUUCGGGUAAUGUUUUUAAUCCAAGAGCUUAUCAAUAUUUUCAUUCUAUUGGUUCAACUGAUCCUCGAUUAACUCAAGCACCAUCGAUUUUAAAACUUCCGUCUGUUCCAUCACGAACUGUAUCUGUAUUAAAUCUAUUUGAAUUAAGUCAACGUUAUGAUACUUCAAAUGAAAAAGAUCAUCUUAUUGAGAAAAAAAACUAA